GUAUGUGUCUGACACAAAGCUGACUAACGCUUUAGUUAUGUUUCCCCUUCUCUCCCUGCAGCUGCUUGUGGUCCGAGCUGAGAAUACAAAGCCAUCAGCUGCUCAUCCCAAGUGCAGAGCAAUGGCAGAGGUUAACAGAACCCUGUAUGGACGUUGCACCAUGAUGUUCUUAUUCAUUAUGUUUCUUGCUGGUGUUGUGUCUUCCAGCCAUGAGGGGUUUCAUCCGCGUUGGAAGAGAGGAACAAGAUCUUAUAAAUCUCUGUGUGUGGAGCGCUCAUCUGGGAGGAUCUAUAAAUUGGGGGAUACCUGGCUGCGCCCAGCAGGCAAACGGACCGAGUUCUGCCGCUGCGACAAUGGACUGUCUCGAUGCCAUAGUGUGCCCGUUACAGAUUGUGCAGAACAGAAGUGUUACAAUGGCGGGCGCUGCCAGCAGGCUGUGUACUCGACCCACCACCUAUGCCGCUGCCCAAGUGGGUUUAAAGGAGAGCACUGUGAGACAGACACAAAGGAGACAUGCUACGAAGGCAAUGGCGCCACCUACAGAGGGACACAACAUGAGACACACAGUGGUGCCGUUUGUAUAAACUGGAAUUCCGAGUCGCUGAGUGGGCAGAGAUACAAAGCAAAACACAAGGAUGCUCUGUCACUGGGCCUGGGCAACCACAACUACUGCAGGAACCCUGACGGGGAUUCUAAGCCUUGGUGCCAUAUCUUCAAAGAUGGGCGGUAUAAAUGGGAGUACUGCACUCUUAAGCCCUGCAAUGCCUCCCUGUCUUGUUAUUCCGGCCGUGGAACAACGUACCGUGGAAAUCACAACAUCGCCAUGUCUGGAGCAGCCUGCCUGCGCUGGGACUCGCCUUUAGUGCGGCAUAGAACAUACACAGCCUGGAAAAGCCAAGCGCGCAGUUUGGGGAUGGGGAGCCAUAACUACUGCAGAAACCCAGAUAAUGAUAGUCGUCCCUGGUGUCACAUAAUGAAAGGUUCGGAGACAGCCUGGGAAUACUGUGAUGUCCCCCAAUGCUCCACUUGCGGUACUCGCCGCCCUCAGGUGCCUCAGUUCAAGAUAAAAGGGGGCAGAGGGACACAAAUCACCUCACACCCCUGGCAAGCGGCCAUCUUUUAUGUUUCCAGGCGCUUUGCGGGGGAACAUUUCCUGUGCGGGGGAACACUCAUACACAGCUGCUGGGUACUCAGUGCCGCUCACUGCUUUAAUGAGAUCUCAAAUGCAGAACAACUGCGAGUAAUACUUGGUAGGACAAUGCAGAGAGAGCCAGGCGAUGAGGAGCAGAAAUUCACCGUGGAACAAUUGUAUGUCCAUUCUGAGUUUGAUGCCAACACCUUCGAUAAUGACAUUGCUCUUCUCAAACUUUAUUCUACAUCCGGAUCCUGCGCCAAGGAGACAGAAAGCACCCGGCCGGCGUGUAUUCCUGAUUCAGGACUGACCUUACCAGACUGGACAGAGUGUGAGAUAUCUGGAUAUGGAAAGCAUGAGGAAUUGGCACUGUUGUACUCCGAGCAACUGAAGGAGGGCCACGUGAGACUGUAUCCUGACAGUAUGUGCACCCCGGAGCGUCUCUCUAACCAGGAAGUCACACAAAACAUGUUGUGUGCUGGGGACACACGGAACCUGGAUGAUGCUUGCAAGGGUGACUCUGGUGGGCCCCUUGUCUGCCCACAUGAAGGACGCAUGCACCUUAUGGGCAUAGUGAGCUGGGGUAUUGGUUGUGGAAAGAAGGACACCCCUGGGGUAUACACCCGCGUGACCAGAUACACAAACUGGAUACGGGAACACACGGGGAUCUGAUUGGACGGACAUCUGAUAGAACAUUAAUAACCACUUUGGAGUGUAAAACCCUAAGGGAAGCACUUACCUGCACAACUGCUUCAGGGUCAUUGGCUGCGUCUCUUUGUGCAGUAUGUGUGUAAGGGUUAGCCAGUAUGUAACCUGCAACCCCCAGCAACCUCCCUCAAAUUCCAACCCCCCUACAAUAGCUGAGGGCUGUAGGUGUGAAAUAAACUGCUGUACAUUAUGUAUCUGUUUUGCACUGACUGGCACACCAACACUAGAGGGAGCCAUUUCUAGUAUAAGGCAAUGUCUGUAAUCACAUGACAGGAUGCAGCCAAUCAUGUGACCAGUGUCUCUGAGACAUAAUGGAGAGCCAUAAGCUGACAACAUUCCCAGUAUAGGGAGGGGGCUCUCCUCACAAACUAUGCAACUCUUAAGCAUGGCUUAUUCCACAUCCAAAAUGGUGAAGCCAAAGAGCGUUAUUCCUUCCCGCCACGCGGCAAAAUCAUUAUUUAUAUUAAAUCUAUUUAAAUGUUACAUCUCAAGCCACGAAAAUGAGUGAACCCUAUUUAAUAUUGUAUAUUCUAACACUGCAAUACUAUGUUUGUUUAUAAUAUUAUUUAAAUGUGAAUAUUUUGUUAUUGCCUCAGACUUGAACUUGUAUUUUGCAAUAAAUAUUUGUUUUUGUUAACGAAAAAA